UUUUCAAUCGAGCCUUUUUGAUCGAAUUGCGUUGUUAGCGAACCAGUGAGUUACACACGCUGAACGAGACUACAGUCCUGCUCUUGGCCGACAGUGAACGUUACUUGUGAUUUCAGCAACGAGUGAACAGUGAGAGAUCCCUGUAGAUAGGGAAGCCGGACCAUCCAACAUGGAUGCUUCGGCAAAAUUCUACAGCUUACAGCUGCCCGGGAAACCAUUGGCAAAAAUUCCUCCCGGCAGUACUGUGGAAGUGAAACGGGGCUCACCCACUGCGAAAACUUUUUUCGUGCGUAACAAUCGUGUGCUGUUGAUCUACGAACAGGCCAACGGAGACUGGACCGAGGUGCACAAGGAUGAUCAUUUCUUCUCGGUGCCUAACGAUGACUGCAACUAUCCUUGGACCGUGUAUGAAGGCGAUUUGCUGGCAGUACGCAAAACGAAAGGCAUCGUUAUGUACCGAUGGGACAAACGGGCACUGAACCAACUGCUUGUGGCAUCAAAGUAUCACGACCAGUACGGUUACGGUUUGCGGAACAGUACGAUCGUGUUUGGGAAAAUGUAUCCUUCCGAGCAGUAUGUUGGUGUCCUUUCCCGUCUGCCCGACUCGACCGUCGAAUUUAGUUCCAUGAAACCAAGCGAACCGGGCCGUCCUGUUCGUGCAUUGAAAAAGCGGCUCAAUCUGGAUGCGUUGUGGCAGGAUCCGGCUAGCAGCAUAUCGUUGGUGGAGCGAUAUGACAACAGCACGCAACUCUCGAUAGCCGUGCGAACCGGAACAGAGUUGAAGCUGUUUCGUUUUAACAAAAAAUAUGAGCUGAAGACGUUGACAACCGUAGAAGAUUUUCUUCCCUUCGACAACGAGUAUGAUAGGAUCCUGUUCGCCAAGUUCGAUAAUGGCAAGAUCAACGAUUUGCUGCUCUUUACCACUCUAGGGCUGACAAUGUAUCGUCUCAACGAAAAAUCCGGUCUCUUCCAGAAAGUAUACUAUUCGACGGCAUUCUCCAAGUUGCGGGGCUGGAACAAGCGGACCAUCGACACAAUCGCCACCAUAGAUAUCGAUGGUGACAGUCGUGACGAGUUGAUUGCGUCCGGACCGAAAGGAUUGUGCGUGUAUCGUGCAGUGUUUACGGACGAUGGAUUUGAUCUGGUUAACAUUUUCGACGACAGACUCGAGGAUCGUGUGGUUCGUUACGGGUUGCCGAAGCUGACGACGAAGUCAGUGCAGAGUGAGGGUUACAACAUUCUUCUCUUUACUGGCAACAAUUUCCUGGAGGUGCGCACCAAACCGUUCACUCCACAAGCGUUCGAUGUAGCGCUCGUUCAGCCGACGGUUGCAAAACCCAAGCCCAGCGUACCGUUGGUGGUGCCACAGAAGCGAUACAUCGUCUGGUUGCAUGAUCAGCUGGAUCUGCACAGUAUGCUGCAGCCGUUAAACCCACACGCAGGACGGAUGGAGCUAAGCAUUCCGUUGAUCGAGCUACCGAACGCAUUCGGCGUGAGUGUGCGCAAAUAUUUGCAGUACAAAAACAUUCCGUUUGAAAGCUUUUUCGGGCGCGGUUGGUCCUUGCCGCUCGAUUACAUCAGCGUGGAGCGGAAGAACAGUGACUUCCUGCAGGACCAUGACUAUGCGGUACUGAAAAACAACAAUCGAAUCAUGCUGAAACGACAGCCAGCCUGGGACUCGGUACACCAUUGGGCGUUCGUAAUCGAAGGCUAUAAGCAGGCUAGGAUAAAAUAUUUUCCGAACGCCGAGCGCUGGGAGUUUACGAUGGAAGAUCGCACCUUCGUGUACGGUACGUGGAACCAGCUGAGCAAGAUGCGUCAGGAGAUGGUCUGCUCCACCUGGCCACUGUGUGGAAGUGGGUCGGCAAAGGAGAAAGCGUUGCCUUCUCGUUGGUACUUGGUGCACGAGGAGACGAAUUACGGUUCGUACGCUAACUACUAUUACGAAGAGUUUGUAGAGGGAAAGGGUGAUCGUUUGAAGCGCAUCGAGCUGGAUAGUGGAUCAAGCGUGAGCUUACAGUACACGGAUAAGCAUCAACUGGCCAGCUUCACAGUCAAUACGACCUGUUACGAGCAGAAUGUAUCGUUCGAGUACGCAGGCAAUUUACUGAUGCACAUCAAGCAAGAGGACCGAACACUGUUCCAGUUCGAGUACAGGGAUCAACGCAUGUCGAAGAUCGUUUACCCCAAUAAGCUCGAGACGAAGUUGGAGUACACUGACAAGGAGCUGGACAGAACACGCUUCGAGGAGCUAGUGCCGGUCGAUUUAAGCCCAACGCUGUACUACGGCCCGGACUAUACCGUCAUCUUGGACAAGGAGUACGCGGACGAUCGUUUGGUGAUCAGCAUACGGAAUCUUCUCGGUGGAACGGAUGGGGCGAAAGUGAUCAAGGAGAAGCUACACUUUGGUCAACCCGGCAUUAAAAGCCACACGAUACACGCACUGGAAGACAUGCUUGUCGUGGUGCUUCUGUACAGCACCCGGAAGGAGGUAACGAUUCUGCAGUUUACCGAUAAGGAUUGGGUCGAGAAGGAAUACCAUGCCGAUUUCCCACUGGACGGGACCAUAAGUGUGGGCAAAAAGUUUGUCGUUGUGUACAAUCUGAAGACCGUGCGCGUGUUAACGGUGGACCUUGAUGGGAAGCUAGCCAGCAAGAACAUCAAGCAGUCAGUGCAUCCCAACUUUUUGAUACACACGUUUGCGAAUGGUUUCGUGAUGUACGAUCCCACCGACAUUACCGUUUGGACCAUGGGGCUGAAGAACCAGUGGCAAACGACUUACACUUCCCCGCCGACGAACGUCUUUAGCGACAUCGAACGUGUGCUGGAUGGGUUCGAGCUUGAAGCUGAGUUCCGCACUGCGCUGCGGAAAGGCUUCCUGGCGGAUGCCAUCACGGUGUACCAGAAUGCGAUUGUCUUGCGUGUGCCGGCGCUGGUUGAUAAAACUUUGGAGCUGAAGGUUCACUUUCUGAUCCUAAACUUUAGAGGCUCGCCCCAAUUCGUAUCGAAACAGUCGGAACGGAUUCCGAUAGCGGAUUUUGACACGUACGAGUACGAUUUGCCCACUAAAGAUGGCGAUGUCUUCAAGCUGUACUACGUGAAGCGGAACCAAAAGCUAAUUCUGCAAAUGAAAAGCAUGCGAGGGCCUCUGUAUACAUCGCUUAUGAAACAGCAACAGAAGUCAUACAAGCAGAUAGACGACAGCGGCGAGAGUGCGGCGAAGAAGAAGCAGUACAAGAAGGAGGUGGACGAGAAAAUCGCUGAGGAGGUGGAGAAUAUCAGUAAAACCGUCAUUAGUAAGGUGCAGUUCGCAAUGGAUCUGUCACAGUUCGGGGUGCUCAUGAACCAGCAUGGCGUUGUGACGGGUAACGUGCAGCUGUCCUUCGCCGGACAAGCCUGGCACAAGCAACCCAUCAGCCCCGAAACGAUGCGCAUGGAGCUGGUUAACCAGACGCUCGGCAAUGGCUUUAUACUGGGCAAGUUCAACUACGCGGAUACGUUUAAGGUGUACGAAAUGCCGAACAAUGUGAUCGUUUACGACAGUCAGACGAACAAUCCGCAGGAAAUACAGAUUGUGGCUCCGCGCUAUAUUCAGGCGCAGCCAGCAGGCAAACCGCUGAGCAUGUUCUUCUUCCCCACGAAGGAAACCGUUCAGCUGAAGGCGUUCAACGAAACGAUGGUCCGGGCUAGCAAUACUAUCGCGCUGGUGACGGUGCGCCAUGUGAACGAGACGAGUAAGUUUGUCAUCUUCCGGCCGGUGGACUCCUUUCUGCUGAAGCAGACGACCCUAUUUACCAAGCAGUAUGUGCGGCUCAGCCAGGAUGAGACACGCACUUCCGCCUACAUCUACGACACGCAGGAUGCGCACCUGUCCAGCGAUGGUGCUAUGUUUUAUCGUGUGAAGGUCAUUCCCGGCGGUAACAAAGAUCAGUUCGGCUGGUACGAACAGUCCAUCAACGCGACCACCGGAGAAACGACGAAAAAAUCCUUUGCAUCCGACGGUACGGACGUUACCGUGCGCGUGAAGGAGAAACGUGAACGAGCAGAGGUGCGAGACUACGAAGGAACGAUAUGGGACAAAAACCGACAGCAAAAGGUGGUGGACCUGGGUGCGUUGAAAUUGGUCGAUGAAGUGGCUUCGUACUACGGGUUCGAACCCUACGAGCAGAACCGUUUUGGUGUCGAUAAAAAGUGGACGUUUGAUGAAAAGAAUGUACAGACCGAAUGGGGCAACCACUAUCUUAGAAUCCCGAACGGAUCUACUAUGCAGGCGUCGUUCACGCCCAGACAGCCGAAGAACCUGUGGAUCGUUUCGUUGUGGGUGCGUCUCAAGCAGGUGCCUAAAGUGGACCGCGAACUGAAAAUAGUGAGUGUGGAUUUAGUUGAUCUGAAAACUAACUCUCGCCAAAAGCUGCGGGGAGCUAAGGUGCAACAUAUAACCCUAACCUGGGCCUACGUGGAAAUGAUUGUGGAUACCACGAAACAUGCCGACGGUUCGAAGCUGAGGUUCGACAUUUCGAUUGAACCUUCCGACGGGGGGCCAAGCAUCGAUAUUGAUCAUGUACGGUUUUCGCCUUUAGAUUUGAAUUUCCUUGCCAACGUGUACACUCCAGUUAAUGCGGAAGUGCGAGCGACACUUCACAACAACGGUAGGCUGAAACAGAGCCUUUAUGGUCCCAAUGGAAGAAGAGUGGCGUUAAUAUCGCAGGAUGGUCAGGUGAUUGAUUUUGCGAUGCAUUCGAAAAUGGCGUACGUUGCUUCGGUUGACGCAAAACAAAGUCUGGUGGAAUUGAAGCCCGACUCGGGGGUAUAUGAAACAUUCGAUACGGCCCUAUGGACAGCGAGUGGUAAGGAGUGGUCGAUUAGCUACGGUGAGUUGAAGUACAACGCUAGCGACGCUGGAAAGCGAGGAGAAAUUGUGCGAAAAUUCGAUCAACCGUACGAAUCGUUGGCGCUGCGAUUCCUGUAUAAUUACUCUACUGACAGCAGCAAAUUGGAGUUUAGCUGGAAUGGGCAAGAAUUUGCUGUUAUAUGUCCAAAGGGUCCUUCAUGCAACCGACCACCAAAGGCAGGUGAAGUGCUUAUCUUCAUAACAGCACAACGCAUUUCGGUUUGGGUGGAAGGACAUUUACAUCGGGAAGCACUACUAAAGCCCAAACCGGACACAGCGAAGCAGAACGAAUUUCGCUUACUUCCAACGGGACCGAUUGAGUUCUCGGAGUUUCUGACGAUGUACGACUCACGCGUGAAGGUUACGUACUACAAUCGGAUGGGUCGACCCAGCCAGUUGAUCGUGUACGACGAUCCAAGUACGGUGCGAAUGCGCGAGCUGGUGUAUGACGAAAUUGAUCGUCCGAUAAUGCAAACCAAAUGGACCAAGCUGACGAUGAAAAGCAAGGAGUACUUUGCAUUCAACGAUAACUUCAUCACUCAGGUUCACGGUACGACCCAUGUGAUGGCCGGUAUGGUUUCAAAAGCGAACCCAUCCUGCGAAGGCUUUCCCUACUCUCGCACGAUCUACGCCAAAGACCCAACGGAAAAUAAACAGUACCAGGGUCUGCCAGGGAAGGAUUAUAAUGUGCUGAGCAAGUACAAGCGUCGAUAUGCAAUGCGCACGGAGAUAGCGCUACUGGCAAACAUAUUUCCCGAGACGCACGGUUUUCGACAAAAGAUUGUCGAACGUCCGGGUGGUGCCAUUCGGGCUACGGUAGAAGAUAGGCGAGGCAAUAAGGUGGCCAAAUACUGCCGUGUCGGUAACUUCGAGCAUCGUCUAACGACCUACGAAUAUUCCGAUACUUACGGACAUUUGGUGCGCGUACUGCCGCCUCAAUAUCAUGCACUUGCAAAAACCGCAUCCAGAACGAGACCAUUCCUGACCGGAGCGGACACUCCGGAAGAGAUCCGGCUGCAAACCCAGUGGAAGGUAUCGUAUAAAUACGACAACGGAAUGCUCAUCGCCAAACAUGUUCCUGAUGGUGGUAACUUUGAGUAUGUUUACACGGAGUCUGGCAUUUUGCGCUUUUCCAUACAUUACAAACUGCCGGAGAGACAGCAGCUGGAUCGAGUGGUCCAUUUCACGUAUGCUUCCGAUGGCAAGGUGAUGCGCGAAGCGUUAGUGAAUUUGACACGCGAGCAAUGUUACCAGCUGGCAGAGGCGAACGAAGUUCCUGCAUCGGAUGAUUUGAUCGAAUCUUUCUACGGUGAGAUCGAAACAAAUCCGGAUGUGCGGUACAGAUCACAGCAAUCUACCCGCAAGAUUGGCAACACCCAGAUGAUGGAGAGUUUAAUUUACAACGAGCAGGAAAAGGUGAUCAAGAAAGUGUUUGUUGUGCCGACGAUCAACACCACGUACUCGAUUGACUAUGAGUAUGAGAAUGGGAAGCUGCAUUCCCUGCAAUAUCCAAUGAAUACCACGACUUCGCCGUUUACGCUGAUCUACGACUAUAACGGAAGUGGCGAAGUGAAGUCUGUGCGCGAAAUAACAAGACGAGAUCCUAUGUUCGAGUUUACGUACAAUGCGGACGGGAUGGUGGAAACGAUGAGCGUAAGAACGGACGCAAAGCACACGUUCCAGCGCAACUUUACCUACAACGAGCCGGGCUUUUUGGUGAAACUCGAGGAUGAAUAUCUGUCGGAAAGCGUUAACUAUCUGGAGACUGAUUCUUACGGGCAGGAUUCCUACACUCCGAUCUAUGAGGGUCUCAUAUCGAGGACAGUGUUCACGGCACACUGGCGCAAUUCAACUGGUCCACUGCGGAACGGAAUCUAUCCGGAGUACUUCAUCACGACCAACAUGGACCGAAGGCGGGCCGCGCUCUGCCACGAGACGUUACGCCGCACAGGAUAUCUAGACGAAAGCAAUCUUGUCACAAAAACGCUCUACGGUGAGCAGGAUGACGAUCUACCAUUUGUGUGUGGAAAGCGGAUCGCGAUGAACCACCUUUCGGGAGCAUUGAGCAGCAAAAGCUUCCCGCACCGGUACGGUCACCGAUAUGACUAUGACGAUCAUGAUCAGCUGAUUAAGGCGAAAUAUUUUCAUGGAGACGAUGAGAUGGCUUUGUCGCCGCUGACGCAUCGCAGUUUCUCGAAGGAAAUAAAGGAAGUUGAUGAAGCGACAUCCCGGAAAAUUUGGGAUUUGUUGCGCACGAAGUCGUUCCUCACGAUGGAUUGCACCAACCCCAAUUUAUGUCACGGACGCGAAGGGACCAGAUCGAUAUUUAGCGAUUUCAUUCAACAACAUCGGCAUAGCCACCAUCUGAAAACGAUGCUAGCGAAGGCGAUAUCGAACCGCAAGGCGUUGAAUGUGAGCGAGUUCGGCCAGAAAUGUAAGCGGUGGAUCAAGGGAUCCAAUAUGGCAAUGAGUAUGUGCACGCAACUUCAGCAAUCAUUAAGCGAUCAGAAUAUUAUUGGAACUAGCGUUGAAAACCCUCUUUCAUCGUUACAUACGGAGUUUAAAAAUGCUUUAAAACGAUACAAGAACCAUAUACCAGAUAUUGUUCGUGUGCUGACUCACCAUUUCGCGACUGCUUUGGGACGCUCGGCCGCGGAUGUGCAAUCGUACGAAAUCGAUGCAAACGGAAACCAUCGGAAGUUUUACACGGGAUUCACCCGAUAUCGGUUGGAGUACCGUCCGGGAACGAAUCAGAUCUCCAAAUUGUACCGUCAACGGUUCGAUCGUGGUCAGCAUAAGGAAGAACAAUUCAACAUGGCCCACGAUAGUGAUGGAGCCGUCGUCCAGGCAGAGCACAAAGGCAUUAAACGCAUGGAGUACGACAAGCUGCUGCAUCGAGUCAGCAAGAUAGAGAUGAUGGACGAACGAAGCCUGAUUUAUCAGUACGAUGUGCGUGGAGAGCGGACCUUCAAGCGAGUGCUGGACAAAGAUGGAACGAUUUCGAGUGAAAAGUAUUACAUACGCGACGCCAAUGGGUUGGUCCUGAUGGACAUGGAUAUGACGUACCUAUCGAAGGAUCAACCGCCCGAUGUACGUGUGACGAGUUACAUCUACAAGGACCAGCAGCUGAUCGGGUUCUUGCGCAAUGACCAGCUGUACGCAGUGAUCACCGAUCACGAAGGAUCGGUCCGGUUGGUGGUGAAAGAUGGCGAAGUAGUCGCGGCCUACGAUUAUCUUCCCUAUGGUCAAAUAUUCCGACGCUUCGGGACCGACUUCGAUGGGCAGCUUUCGUAUCUGUACACGGGACAGGAGUGGGAACCGGAAACCGGCCUGUACAACUAUCGCGCACGGCUGUACGAUCCCGACAUUGGCCGGUUCUACCAGAUGGAUCCGAAGGAACAGUACCCCAGUCCGUACGUGUAUGCCGGUAAUUCACCUGUUUCUUUAAUAGAUCCAGAUGGUGAAUUCGCCUUUACGCUGGCGGUUCUUAUCUUGGCCUUGGUUGGUGCGUAUCUUGGUGCGGCAUCUGCCAACAAUUGCUGGAAUCCGCUCAAAUGGGAUUGGAGAUCAUCGUCUACCUGGAUAGGAUUGUUAACGGGAGCCGUUACGGGCGCAUCCAUACCCUUCAACAUGGCCAGCUCGGUGGCGUUUUUCGUUGGUAUGGGAUUAUCAUUAAGCACGUCAAUCGCGAUCAUGGUUGGCACGGGCAUCACCUUUGCGUACUUCAUGAUGGCGGCUAGCAGCGGCACUUGGGAUCCUACAAAGUUCGAUUACUCCAGUCCCGGCACUUGGAAUGCAUUGAUGAAUGGAGUGGCUACCUCGUCGUGGAUUCUGAUGAACCCUUCCUCGCUGAUAAGCUCUUUCGCAUCGAUCACUUCCGUUGCAGCGAAAGCGCUGUUUUUCGUCGCCAAACUUACCAUGAGCCUCGGGUUCACGUAUCUGUUUGCCGCCCUUGGGCAGGGUGGCGAGUUUGAUGUAACGAAAUGGGACUUUACCGAUCCCGCGCUGUACAUGAGCAUCGUUGAUGGGUUCACUACUGCAACGGUAGGAGUAUUGUUCCUGCGAAACUUACCCCAGCAAGUAAGCAAGUGGUCGGGAAAGGUUACACGCACGGUCGAUCUUUUUGUGGGUAAUUUUAUUACCUUCCGUGCCCAGCUAGCACUGGGGCGGGACUGGUCCAAGGUUAUCAUGCACACGAGAAGUUUCCUCUACGUUAGCUACCGCAACAUGCAAAGCUUACAGAAAGGGUUCUUAACGAUUGGAUUCUAUUCACUGAUUGUGUCAUUACGACUGUCGGUAAUCCCCAGUAGCGCCAUCCCUGAAUUUACUGCAGCGGAAGCUACCGUGAAUGUUCUCUUCAACACUGAGCAAUUUUCCGACUUUAUAGUAAAGCCUUUGACUAAAGCUUCGCCACAGUUAAGACUGCCUAAACCACCCAACAUAGCCAAAUUUAUUCGCUUUCGCAUUCGCUCGGAGGCCAUAAGCCUCGGCAAUGAAUCGUUCUAUCAUGCGCGGCAUAUGACGAACUCAGGUGCCUCAAUAUUGUCGAGCGCAUUUGACACGUUUAUCAAACAGCCAUUGGAGUGGUUAUUCAAGGCAAAGAGUGCUGAAACAAACAGUGGGCCUGACGCGAAAGAUUCCUUAGCCGUAUACACACCAAAGCAGAUACUACGAUCCGGCCACUCCCUUAGAAAUUGCUAUAAGAUUCAUAAUGAACAACAUCCCGAAGGUAUGAUAGCUUGCUACGGGCAUAACAGCAUUGUGAGCAUAGUUCCAAAGGUUAUCGAUGCAUCGAGAGUUGCCGAGAUGGAUCAUUACAACUACUGUUUGCCAUUGACCUACGAUGGGCACCCUUCGGUAUCGUGUGAUGGCGAAUGGUCAUCCUUAAUUUACACAGCAAAGGAACCCGCAAGGGUGUUUGAUUUUGUCGAUGGAUGGUUACUACUGGCACAGGUCACUCCGUCAGUAUGCAGAGAGGUAAAGCGUGGCAUUAAAUAUAUUUUCUCCCGUCCUAAACGUACCACACAAUCUGCGUGCUUCAAGGAGAGGCUGGAAAAUGAAAGGAAAACGCUUCAUCGCAAGUUAGACCAUUUAAAGUCUCAGAUUACCAACCACAAACAGCUCCUUUGGGCACGUUGGACGAUCGAAGAUUUGGCCGAAGAUGUAGAUUCGUAUCUUACCAAAGGACAAGGAUCGCUCAGUAUGCUGGAGGAUAGGAUAACCGUUCUCGAGGCAGAAAUUAAAGAGGACAUCAUAAUACAACGGCUUCAAAGUACGCUAAGGCCGCACGUGGCAAACAAAAUGUCGAUUCGCCAAGUGGAUGAUCUGAUGAAUGUUUUACAAAUUCAUCGAAACCUGGAUCAACAAGCACUAGUACAAUCGAAUGGGCUAAGCGUUGCGAGGGGCAUUAAAUGAAGUGCAUUAGGCUGCGUUCGUAAGUUAUGAUGCUAUUUGUAUUAGGAUAUUAUUGUUGAGUGGUGCUUUAUGGAAUAAAUGUUUAAAAUAUGGAGCAGAGGUCA